AUGUGGAUCUCUUCGACAUCUCAAACGGGAAUCAGGGUGGACGGACAGCCGAUAGAACUCGCCGAUGAAUUCUGUUACUUGGGCGGUACGCUAAAGAACAACAGCAGCUACGAGAAAGAUAUUCAGCAAAGAUGCGCUAAGGCCGUUUCCGCAUUCAACUCCUUAACGAAAUGCUUGUGGUCGACCACCAACGAAGUCAAGCUGCGAGUCUACCUAUUCGCAAUUCGCCCCAUCAUGAUGUACGGAUCAGAGACUUCGGCAGUACCUUCUACGGUGGUGAAGAGGCUUGAUUGCACGGAAUGA